AUGUCCACGGUAAUCAGCGACGAGCUGGUAAAAUGGUUCGACGAUUUUCAAGCAAUUCCUCCUGAGGUCCAUCUGCUCUGCCCGAAAAUCGACGACGACGACAACGAAAACUACAGAUGCCAGAACGAUCCCGACUCCAAAAUUACUCAAGAAGAAAAGCAGAAGCGCAUUGAAGCUGGAAACAGUCGGAUCAACAUCACGUACUGGAACAGCCUCAUCUUUGGCUUCGAUAAAAAGGAUGCGGGCAGGUGGCUCGAAGGGUUCACUAGGAGACUCGAUGCCUCGCUCAAGUCUUGCUCUGAGUGCGUCCUCAACUGGCACAUGCGGCGCAAACCACAGCUGCAAAAAUUUCUCGAGCGCUGGGAUGAGGAGGCCGUUGCCCAAAUUCAAGAAUUGCUUGACCAAAUCGACAAAGCCCGUAUCGACGAGAACCUCACGUGGGCCAAAAACCACAUUGCUAAAAUCGAAAACACCGGCGUGGUAUUUAAGAAGUCAGAGUUCGGUGACAAUCUGGGCAAUGUGCUGAUUACCGUUUACGAAACCCUUUGCUGCAUGAACUAUUUGGCCCAACCGGAUCAGCGAGCCACCUUUCAAUAUGUGUUUAUGCGCCUCCAAGGCAAAACCUAUCUAAAGCUCGGCACCAAAGAGCCCCUGCCUUGUAUGACGUAUUUUCUGUUUGAUCCGAAGAACGAGGAUCGCCGAAAAUGGGCGCACGAGAACUGGAAGAACAUACCAACCUCUUCUCUGACCGUGCCGCAGUUUGAAUGGGCUAUCAACGAUGGCUUGGUUAUGGCUAUUGAAGAUACCUGGCACAAAGACCUGAACCAGCCAAGUCCCGAGCAGUAUCAAGAAAUCGAACAGUUUUGGUGUGGCUUCGAGGACAUCAUACGCACACUUCCCGCCGGCUUAAUUGCUUCGCAUGUGCGAAACUUGGAAGUCUCUAAAUCCAUUUUUGAGCUGCUGUUCGCCCACAUUCAGUACUGUCGGUCAGAAGGCGUCUUGGUUGUCAUCAUUCGCAUCUUGACCGUCCUACUUGAGAAGGCACCCAAUGUCAUCUGGGAUGUGAUCGGUGGCGCUCGUCCAAACGUGAUUGCCGACUUGCUCUUUGGAAGUCCAAUCUAUAAGGGCCUCCUCCACCAGUCCCUUGUGGACUUUGGGGGAAGCGCCAGCAAAGACUCGGUUCCUUUUUCUACCUCCUGGAUUGCGCCCUGGCUUAAAUCCAUCAGCCGCGACCAGCGCUAUGAUGCAUGCGAGGUGCUUAUGCAUACGCUCUUCGAGACACUCGUCAAAGAUGCCACAAUCGGCGAACCCGGCCAAGCAGCCUGCAUGAGAGCUGGUUUUGACGCCCUUGCCUUUACUCUGGGCGCAUUCCUGGACGUGGAGACGUCUUCUGCGACAUCCACCGUUCGGCUCUAUAUUAACUCGGCCUUUAACUUGAUGACCAAAUACAAAGACCUCAUCAUCCAGCAGAUCAACCCGCCCAAGAAGCAGCAAAGUAUUGAAGGCUGGGUCACGUUUAAAGUCGCCGAUUCCGCACACAACUUGACAGAAGCGGCUAUGAAGCUGGACAUGAAGCUCUUCAAUGAGGAGUACCAUGCUAUUCACAGCACCAACAAAUUCGAAUCCACUGUUCCAAGAAACUCCAAGGAGUUUUGGACAGCUAUAAUCGAAAUGUACGAAGCAUCCAAUGAUCGCGUUAAGCUUUCAAAGGAUAUUCUCUUCGCGUUGGCUCCGAUAUGCGCGGUUGAGCAAAUUCGAGAGCGGAAGGCGGGGGGCAAGCUUGACCAGUCAAGCGUAGACUUCAACGAGUCCCUCAAGUCGACCGCCGAUACCGUCGCCAAAAUCAUAGGACGCAUUGGUGACAUGGACGUCAUGGAUCUCAAUAGCCUGUUCAUUGAACGAGCGCACAUUCAGGUCAUUAUUGCUCUCUCGGUCCACGACGAGUCUGAUCUAGCAGAGUCUGCUGCCGAAGUUCUCAAGGGAUGGACCGCUGAGGAUACCCGCAGUUCCGCCAUCGAGCAUCUGGCCCAGCUGCACACUGAGCAGACUUUGGCCUCCGCCGUGUGGUCCCUGGACCGAGCUCUCAAGCCUCCAUAUCCUUGGGGCCCUAUACGUCCCCUGUUGAACGCCAAUCGAUCCAUCUUGCGUGGCCUUGCUGAGGCCUCCUCUGGCGUUUUACGAGGUGGGCAGCUAGACUCUAGGCAAUCUGCUACCGUCCUCCGCUGGUGGAACGAACAAUGGCGCUUUGUCUCUAAGUCGUGCCUCAACAUCGAGUCCUGGUCUUACUAUGUGCCAAAUGCCAUCAUGACUGAAUAUUGCCGUGAAAUUAUGGAGUUUGCGGAGGCUCUGAUUGCCGAAGACGGUCUUCUUACGUCUGCAACAGCGCUUGGUCGUAGCGAGGCAGAUAUGAUGGUGAAGAUUCUCGCUCCUGCCAAGGACAACUUUCGCGGCAUGGAAAUGAUGAUCAGACUCAAAGACUUGUGGCUAGUUGACGUGACUGUUAGAGUCCUUUGCAAAAUUCUCAAGCGACUCCGCGAAAAUCAUCUUGAGAUCAAUGCUGGGUCAAGAAAGCAGAUCAUCGACGCAUGUGUGCCAACAGCGACACCAGGCAAAUAUUUACGCUCCACCAAUUUGAGCGACCAGCAGCGCGCUGAACUUCUGCAGGCUCUUGGGAACACGGAUGAUGAUGUGCAAAUCAUUCACGUUACCUCAGUCGAUGCCAAGUCUUCUCGGGACAAGAUCAAGAAGCAGAGCAGGUUGGACGCCUGGUCCAAGUCCGGAUCAUCAUCCCCUUCGACAAGCGCAUCCUCAUCUAGCAGCAAGCCUAGCUCAAACAGACAGGAUGUGUUAGAACUCAGCAAGUCUCUAAACAAUCCUGCCCUCAAGGCUAUCGAGGCGAGACAGAAAGCCAAAGCUAAAGGUCCUGAUCUCAAAGCCAUUUCUGCAAUCAAGGAGAGCCGGCAGAGAGAAAAGGCCGAAAAGGCGAAGCGAGAUGCAGAGGCAAUUGCCAAGGCCAAGCAGCUUCGCGGAGAACCGAUCGGCGGUCCUGCUAGCCGAAGCGAAAUCAUGGUUAAUAGUUCUGACGAAGAAUCCGAGGAUAGCGGCGACGAUGAUGUAGGCAAUCAGCUUGCUAUGAUCAGCACCGGCGGACAGCAGUCAAUAGACGAAGAAGAGAAGCGUCGCUUAAAAGCCCUGCGCGACAUGACGCGGCGUCCGAUAAAGAAGCUUCGGCAGCAGCGUUCAGUCAAGGAAAUGAGAGCCCGUCUAAUCCCGCCCAUGGAUAAACUACACGGCGCAAUUCUAGCUUGGGAUAUGUUCCACGAAGGAAGUGAUCCUCCUAACGGGCCCAAGGCGGGCAGGGUCGACACAAGUUAUACCGACCCAGCAUCCUACCGAGAUACCUUCUUUCCGCUCCUUGCGUCGGAAGCUUGGAACUCGUUUGUCACUGCAAAGAAUGAAGUGACGGCUCAGGCGUUUGGCAUCAAAAUUGCCAGCCGAGCCAGCGUUGACAGCUUCCUGGAGGUCACCUUUACCAUAGAAGUGACUCAGAACAGAGAGCGGGGCAUCGGUGAAGGUGAUAUUCUCCUGGUUUCUGAGGAUGAGAAUCCACUCAAUAACCCAGCCGCCCGUCACUGUCUAGCUCGUGUUCAUCGUUUGACGUACAAGAAGGAUCGUCUGGAAAUCAUCUUUCGGGUCGCAUCGCGCGGCAACCCUCUGUCGUCUGCUUUGAUGCCUAACAUGAUGAUGUACGGCAUCAAGAUUACCAACAUGACCACAGUUGAAAGAGAGUAUGCGGCUCUCGAAUCUCUACAAUACUACGAUCUCAUGGACGAGAUUCUCAAGGCCGAGCCAUCACCUAUUCUCAACUACGGCGACGAGAGGGUUGCGAACUACCAGAGUAAUUGGCAGCUCAACCGAGGUCAAGCUCUGUCCGUUUUAGGCGCUCAGGAGAACGACGGCUUUACCCUUAUUCAGGGUCCGCCUGGCACAGGUAAAACCAAGACUAUCAUUGCUAUGGUUGGUGCCCUGUUGUCCGAACAGCUUGCGCAAGCACCUGGCAAAGGUACACCGAUCGGUGUACCAGUUCGACCCGGGAAUACACCAGUGCCUACUGGCCAAAGGCCUAAGAAGCUUCUUGUCUGUGCUCCAAGUAACGCAGCUGUUGACGAACUGGUUACCCGUUUGAAGAAUGGAAUCAAGACUGUAGGUGGCAAGACGAGGAAUAUCAAUGUCCUCCGUCUCGGUCGCAGUGAUGCCAUUAGCGCCGCAGUCAAAGACGUUACUUUAGAUGAACUUGUCCGCGUUCGCAUGCAAGGCGACUCUACGAAGGACAAGGCCAAGGCCGAGAGGGACAAGCUUCACGAGCGCGCAGGCCAGAUCAAGGAAGAGCUCGGCAUUCUGCGCCCGAAGCUGGAUGAAGCAAACGAAAAGGAAGAUCAAGAUUAUCGCAACCGCCUUCUGCGUCAGUUUGACGAGCUCAAGCGUGAGCAACGAGAUAUUGGCAAGCAGAUUGAAGCCGAAAAGGACAGCGGCAACUCGGCUGCUCGAGAAGUGGAGAUGAAGCGUCGUCAGAUCCAGCAGGAGAUUCUGAACAACGCCCACGUGCUGUGUGCCACGCUCAGCGGUAGUGGUCAUGAAAUGUUCCGAAACCUGGAUGUCGAAUUCGAGACGGUUAUUAUAGAUGAGGCGGCCCAGUGUGUCGAGCUGAGUGCCCUCAUCCCGCUCAAAUAUGGCUGCUGCAAGUGCAUCCUCGUUGGAGAUCCCAAGCAACUGCCACCCACUGUUCUCUCGCAAUCAGCGGCCCGAUUCGGCUACAACCAGAGCUUGUUUGUACGCAUGCAGCAGAAUCAUCCAAAGUCGGUCCAUCUCCUUGACAUGCAGUACCGUAUGCAUCCCGAAAUCAGCUUGUUCCCCAGCAAAGAAUUCUACGAAGGGCAGCUCCGUGACGGACAGGACAUGGCCGGGCUGCGCCAGCAGCCUUGGCACCAGAGCGCUUUACUUGGGCCGUAUCGAUUCUUUGACGUGCAGGGCGUGCAAGAACAUGGUCGCAAGGGGCAAUCAUUAGUCAAUACCCGGGAGCUUGAGGUCGCUCUGCAGAUGUAUGAGCGUUUCAGCAGGGACUACAGUGAGUGUAACCUGGUGGGCAAGAUUGGUAUCAUCACUCCCUACAAGGCUCAGCUAUUUGAGCUCCGAAGACGCUUCCAAGCGAGAUAUGGAGAGGAGAUCGCCGACAUCAUCGAAUUUAACACGACGGAUGCCUUCCAGGGUCGUGAGUGCGAGAUUAUUAUCUUUUCCUGCGUCCGAGCUAAACCUACCGGGGGUAUUGGUUUCAUGACGGACAUUCGCCGUAUGAACGUCGGGUUAACCCGUGCCAAAUCGUCACUGUGGAUUUUGGGAGAUUCCCGCGCGCUUGUGCAAGGUGAAUUCUGGAAGAAACUCAUCGAGGAUGCGCGGUCAAGAGACCGCUAUACACAGGGCGAUGUGCUUGGCAUGUUUCGUAGGCCUUUGGAAAAGGCUAAACCCGGCAGCAUCAUGACUUCGGCAGCGCCAACGCCUGUGGAUAGCCCCAUGACUGGAGGGUCUCCCGCAUCCAUGGCUACGACUGAUGGAGAUGUUGCCAUGUCUGAUGCUCAUCAGCCUCUGCCCGAAGAGCGCGCUGUGGUGCCGACUUGGCCAGCUACUUCUCUCCAUGGUCCGCCGCCGAUCCAGACGUCUGCGCCUCCCGGUGACAACAAAAAACGAGCACUAAGUAGUCCGGACGGUACUCCGCCGGUUACCAAGAGAAUCGCUAGCGACAAGCCUCGUGGCGGAGGACUCACUGGCAAGUUUGGACAACGGCCCAGCCGGCCACUGCCCAAACCGCCAACAGACCCCAGUGCCAUGGUGACUCUGGGCUUGGCACCUCCAGAGCGGCCGCCGCCUCCGAAGCCGAGCGUUCUUCCUACUGAACCAUCGAUUCCUUCUGGACCGUCUGCAUCAUCGUCGGGGCCGUCCAUGGCUCCUUCCCGACCUGUCAGUACUCCUUCUAUCUGUUCCUAUUCAGCUGCUUACAAAUGUGCAGAGACCACCGCCGACCGUAAUGCGGAAGAAGCCUAA